CUCCAACAGACUCAACUAAUGAGCAAAGUCCUCCACCAACACCAUCAUCUAGUCCACCAGGAGCUCUAUCAAGUCCUCCACCACCGUCAUCUAGUCCAGCAAUGGCUCCAUCCAUUGCCACGCCACCUUUGUCUAGUCCCCCUGCUACACCUCCAACAUACCAAGCUAAUGACCAGCCCCCUCCACCACCACCAUCAUAUAGUACACCGCCGACAACUUUAGCUAGUCCUCCACCACCACCAUUGAGUCCACCAGCAAUAUCUCCAACCACUAGCCCACCUCCUACAUCUACUUCCCCAUCGCCUAUGUCUAGUCCACCAGCAACACCGCCGACCAACCAAGGUAACCACCCACCGUCACCAUUAAGUCCGCCUACCACACCUCCGAUGUACCAAGUUAACCAACCACCGCCGCCACCACAAUUAAGUGCCCCUGCCACACCUCCGACCUAUCAAGGUAAUGCCCAACCACCACCAUCGCCACUUGGUGCCCCUACUGGCAAUGGAUGGGUGCAAGUUCAGAACUUUCAUGACGCCAUGUACUGGCAAAUCGGGCGCUUUGCGGUGUACAAGUUGGUAAACAAGAAGAACAAUUCCCUUGUUGAUGUGCUCUAUGUGAGCAUGCAACCUGCAGGAAAUGGCAACAACUACUUUCUUGUGAUAAAAGUAGCAGAUGAAUAUAAGAAGGUCGGCAAGUAUCAUGUGCUUCUAUGGGGUGUGCCCGGGUCAGCAGAUCAAGCAUGGAAACCAUAUUGGCUCAAAUUUGUAGGAAACUAAGCACAUGGCGAAAACAAGAUCAUCUAGCUGGCGACCAUGCAUGGCAUUUCUAGGGAGAAGAUAUAUAGACAUUUUGUGAUCAAUGUGCGCUUGCAUGGAUUAGUUGAUCUUUGUAGAUUUGAACGGCUUGAUAUCCAACUAUAUAUUCUGAUUUCAAUAAUAAAUUUAUGUUGUGUUCUCAAUAUAAUUGCCUCAAAUUUACAAAAUAUGGGUGGAGUUAUAAUCAUAUAACACAAAGCAUAAGCGCUUCACUGUACUGUUUGUUUGAUGGUUGCCCUGUAAUUCCUAUUAAAGUUGCUUAUUUGUA